AUGGAUUUUUUUAAGAGCGGCUUAAAAACCGUGCUGGGUGCACCGGAACCUGGCCAUCAACCUACUGGAGCGGAGACCGUUGAGCGUUUAGUAGAUCGUGUAAACAACUCGACAUUACUAGAAGACCGCAGGGAUGCUUGUCGCGCGCUCAAGGCCAUGUCGAGGACUUAUAGGGUGGAAGUUGGCGCCCUAUGUUUGGACACGUUGAAACAGGUUCUAGAACUAGAUAGAGCAGACAACGAGACCAUAAAUUAUGCUUUAGACACAAUAAACAACAUCAUGUCUCCAACGCAGUUCGAGGAAGAAGAAGACAACCCUCGUGUACCCAUGAACAUUGGAGAACAGUUUACAGAAAUGUUCAUCAAGGACCAUAAUAAUAUACAACUGAUCUUGGAUCUGCUAGAUGAAUACGAUUUUAGGGUUAGACUAUCAGCUGUACAACUUUUAACGUCCUUACUUACAAACCGACCAAAAGACAUACAGGAAAUCAUCUUAGUAAAGCCAAUGGGGGUCUCCAAAAUGAUGGAUCUUCUUGGAGAUACAAGAGAAGUCAUACGUAAUGAAACACUUCUUCUUUUGAUAAAAUUAACCAAAGGCAACGCAAAUAUACAAAAGAUUGUGGCCUUUGAAAAUGCUUUUGAUAGAUUAUUUGAAAUUGUAUCUUCUGAGGGAUACUCAGAUGGUGGCAUAAUUGUAGAAGAUUGUCUAUUACUGAUGCUGAACCUUUUAAAAAAUAACAGCAGUAAUAUAAACUUUUUUAAAGAAGGCAGUUACAUCCAGAAGAUGCUGCCUAUGUUUAAUACACCUCCAGAAGGAGCAGAAGAAGAAGGCUGGUCACCUCAGAAGGUUUCCAACGUCCAUUGCAUGUUGCUUAUAGUCAGAACUCUAGUUUCACCGAGCAACUCUGCUCAGAUCAUUUCGAACUGUCAAAAGAUAAUGAAGAAAGUUGGUUUAUUAGAUGCUCUUUGUAAUAUUCUAAUGUCAAGUGGAGUGCCAGCUGAUAUUUUAACAGAAACGAUAAAUACAGUUGGGGAGUGUGUGAGAGGAGAUGUGGCCAAUCAGGAAUUUCUAGGCAACGUGAUGGCUCCUUCUAAUCCGCCUAGAGCAUGUAUUGUUUUGUUACUGAUGUCCAUGGUUAAUGAGAAACAGCCAUUUUCUUUGAGAUGCGCAGUCCUCUACUGCUUUGAAUGUUACCUAUACCACAACGAAACAUCUCAAGCUUCUCUCGUCCAAACUCUUCUACCAUCUUCCACAGAAAUGUCUACCUUGACCAGUGGCCAGCUUCUUUGUGGAGGUUUAUUCUCCUCGGAUGUUCUUUCAAACUGGUUCUCUUCCGUAGCCCUGAUGCAUGCGUUAAUAGAGAACCCCAUACAAAAAGAACAGUUGUUGAGAGUGUUGUUGGCCACAAAUAUUGGCAGCUCACCGGUGUCCCUGCUGCAUCAGUGUACGUUGCUGUUGCAACAAACUACGAAGUUAAAAGCUAAGGUGGGCCUGCUGAUGCUGCUGUGCCAGUGGACGUCGCACUGCGCGGCGGCCGUGAGCGCGUUCCUGCGCGCGCCGGGCGGCGUGGCCUGGCUCGUGGCGCAGACCUGCGCCAACGAGCACGACGACAACGAGUAUCUGCUGCAGGGGCUCAGUGCUUUCCUGCUCGCCAUCUGCAUACACUUCAACGACGACUCCGUCGAACAGUACUCCAAGGAUUCCCUCCGGCAGCUUCUAACAAAGCGCAUCGGCAUGGAGAUGUUCACGUCGAAGGUGAGCGAGGUGUCGAAGCACGAGCUGUACAACAAGGCCUCCAAACACCCGCAGCUGCGAGCCAAGAUCGCCGCCGACGUACUUAUUGAUUAUGAGUUUUGUCGACUCUUCAAAGUCUUAGAAAGUGUUCUUAUCCAAAGUUUAACGACAACACACGAGAACGGCACCGGAGAGCCAGCUGCAGGGCGCACUUCUCCCGAAAGCGGUAACCUUGAACAGUACAAGUCGCUCAUACGUCAGCAAGACGCCAGGCUGCAAGAACUCAUGUCGCAGGUUGAAGGGUUGCUGCAACAGAACCAGAGUUUGCAGGGUGCACUUAACGAUUCCAUCGCAUCAAAUUCCCACUUAAAAGAUGAGAAUACAUUAUUGAAAGCGCAAGUAUCCGCCUCAAAGACCUUACCUGGACCCCCCGCUCCAAGCCUGACUAGUCAAGAAGAUCCUAGGGUGAAGGAAUAUGAGGGUAAAAUCCAAGGGUUAUUAGCUGAAGUAACAAGUUUGAAGGAACAAUUGAGGGUCAGCCAAGAAGGGCAAAAGACAGCUGCUGAGGAGUUGGAGAAGGUUAAGAAGGACCAGGAUGAUCUAUUAGAGUUACUUGCUGAUCAGGAUAUGAAACUAAACGAAUAUAAAAUGCGGUUGACUUCUCUUGGGCAACCUGUUGAAGAUGAACCCUCGGAGCCUCCUUCGGAGACCAUCACCCCCCCAGUCUCCCUAUUUCCAUCCGCCCCUACGGCUCCACCAAUCAACAUGCUUCCACCGGACACUGGAGCCCCACCGAUCAACAUGGCUCCUCCAGUAAACAUGUUCCCGCCUUCCAACAUGCCUCAACAUGUCACGAGGGCACCACAGGAUCAGUUAAAUGAGCUAGUAUAG